AGCCUCAGUGCUCUUCGGUCGGCUGUCCUGUUGCUUCACGAGCACCUGGAAGCCUCCAGCUCUUCAUCCUUCUGCAGGGACAGAGAACAAAGCCAGAACAGCCAUGAGCCACUCCUCAAUGCACACCUCCACCUCCUACAGGCGCACCUUUGGAAGCCCUCACCCCGUGUCAAUGUCCUCCUACACCCCUGUGUCCUCUCGAAUGCCCAUUUCUGGGGGACACUACAUGCGUUCAGUGUCACCCGCGGUGGCGUCCCGCUCCACCACUUACCACCAACAGCGCCCGCGCCCCAGCCCCCAGCCCCCUCGCCUUUCAUAUGACAAGGUGGACUUCACCCUGGCUGAGGCCGUCAACCAGGAGUUCCUCGCCACUCGCAGCAACGAGAAAGCAGAGCUGCAGGAGCUGAAUGACCGCUUUGCCAGCUUCAUUGAAAAGGUCCGAUACCUGGAGCAGCAGAACGGAGCUCUGCAGCUGGAGCUGAACCAGUUCAAGGGCCAGCAGCAGCAGGGCCAGCCCAACCGGGCUACCGAUCUCUUCCAGGAGGAACUGAGGGAGCUGAGGCGCCAGAUGGAAGCAAUCGGCAAAGAGAGGGACGAGUACCAGUUGGAGAGGGACAACCUGGCUGAAGAUCUGGCCCUUCUCAAGCAGAGGUUAGAGGAAGAAACCCAGAAGAGGAUGGAUGCUGAGGGUAACCUGGUUGCUUUCCGCAAGGAUGUGGACGAUGCUACACUGUCCCGUUUGGAGCUGGAGAGGAAGAUUGAAUCUCUCAUGGACGAGAUUGAAUUCCUAAAGAAGCUCCAUGAUGAAGAAAUCCAGGAUGUGCAAGUUAGUGUUCAGACUCAGCAGCUGAAAAUGGAGGUGGACAGCAGCUCCAGGCCCGACCUGACUGGUGCACUGAGGGACAUCAGAGCCCAGUAUGAGACCAUUGCUUUAAAGAACAUGCAGCAAUCCGAGGAGUGGUACAAAUCUAAGUUUGUUGACUUGACCGAGUCUGCAAAGCGCAACACUGAUGCACUGAGGCAGGCCAAGCAGGACGCCAACGAUUCCAGAAGGCAGAUUCAGUCUCUCAACUGUGAAAUUGAUGCACUGAAGAACACAAAUGAGGCUCUGGUUAGGCAGAUGCGUGAAAUGGAAGACCAGUUUGGCCUUGAGGUUGGAAACUACCAGGACAAUGUAGGCAGGCUGGAGGAUGAGAUCCGCCACCUGAAGGAAGAGAUGGCUCGCCACCUUCGGGAGUACCAGGACCUCCUCAAUGUCAAGAUGGCACUGGACAUCGAAAUAGCCACGUACCGCAAACUGCUGGAGGGAGAGGAGAGCAGGAUUUCUGUCCCCAUCUAUAAUAUUGGGAUGAGCAAUCACCUUGGUGAACGAGAUUACGAAAGAAUUCCAGACUCCCAGAGCAAAAGAACCGUGGUGAUAAAGACUGUGGAGACUAGAGAUGGAGAGGUGGUGAAAGAAUCCAAAAGGGAGAAGCAGAGUGACGUGGGGAAGACUGACAAGGAUGAGUAGAGUUGUUUGAUAAUCUGAAGGCCUGUGCCAUCAUGAAAAAAAAAAUGGAGAAACAUUUUCCCUCUAUCUAGUUCUCAUUCCUAUUAUGCGUUUGUGUAGCAGUGUGUCUUAGAAUAGGUGCAAUUUUGAAUCAAUAGGAAAUAGUGUCCCUUUGGUGCUAUGUAAGCCACUUUUUGGUAAAUCUGUGUGGGCUGUGCAAAACUACUUUACUGAUGUACCACUUGAGGCCUUUAUCUAGAGUGCAAUCCUGUGGAAUCCUCACACGACUAGAUAUUUUUAGCUAGAAGCCGUAACGGAUUUUAGUUAUUAUACCUGUGGGUGACUAACAAACUGUCCGACAAUGCCCUUUGGCCAACACAUCUUCAAAUACAGAACAAAAUUAGCUUGACAUGUCUACUUAUGUUUUUAGCAGCUUUACUAUUCUUUUCUUGUGCAAAUCACUGUAACAUCACGGGCAGAUUACAGAACAACGCAGAACAUUCUGAAAGUAUGACUAAUUCUAUGUGCAGAAUAGGCUUUGGAGCGAUGAGUGCAUCCGACACAAUUGUUUGUAAAGAUGUACAUGCAAAUAAAAUGAGUUGGAGACAAUA